CUCAAAAGUUAUUUUUCAUUUUUCAUUUUUUUGAAAAAUAGAAAUUCAGAUAAUUAUCUCAUAUGAUACAUAGGGUAUUACUUAACCUAUAAGCGUCACAAUGGCUAAUAAGGUAAUAUUUUCAACCACUGUGUGACAAUUCAUCAUUUGAGCUUUUCCAUUUUUGGUGCGAAAUUCCUUUGUAGAAAUGCUUUUUCCUUUUUCGUAUUUAUUUUUAAAAUUCAAUAAAUCUGAAAAGGAAAAUAUAAAGCAGCAAAAUUACAAAUGAAAACCCAGAAUCGAUGAUAACUAUGCCGAAAAACGUGGCGUGCAAGUAACGGCCUCCUUUAAAUUCGGCAUGUCGGGUCUCUUCCGUUGUACACCGCACACUCACCUCAGUGACUCGGUCGAUCGGCGAUUUUUCACAGAGCUCGCAGCCAUGGCUCCUCCGACUCUUCUCGGCCCUCCAGAAUUCAGCAAACCCGCACAGACCAUCCCACCGUCUCAACCCGAACCCAAAUGCGAGCCCAAACCCCCAACAGGCGAACCCUUCGUCGAUCUGAUGGUCUCCAGUUUCAACAACAUAUCGAUGGAAAAGAAGCCCCCGAUGGGCCUGACGGAGAACAACUCCGCCACCUACCUCUCCACCGGCAACCCCUGCCUCGAUCUCUUUUUCCACGUGGUGCCGGAAACCCCCGCCGAUUACCUGAACGAGCAGCUCCCGCAGGCCUGGGCCCAUAACGCGCUGACCACGCUCAAGUUGAUUUGCAACCUCCGAGGCGUGCGCGGGACGGGGAAGUCCGACAAGGAGAACUUCCACACGGCGGCGUUUUGGCUUCACGAGCACCACCCCAAAACCCUCGCGUGCAAUCUCCAAACGUUUGCGGAGUUCGGGUAUUUCAAGGACCUCCCGGAGAUUCUCUACCGGCUUCUGGAAGGUGAGGACGUGCGGAGGAACCAGAGGGAGGAGUGGAAGAACCGAAAAUCUGGCGGCGGCAAGAAGAGGUGGAAUUCGGGUCGGGAUCUCGGACCCGAACAACCGAUCCCGUUCAAAAAAAUCGGGGCGAAAAUGGAGAAGAAGGCCGGCAAAAAGAAGGAGAUGACGCAAGAAGAAAAGGAAGCGAAGGAAGCGAAGGCGAGGGAGUGGGAAAAGUCGGAAAAGGAAAAGGCGAGCAGGCUGAGGAAGGAGAAGAAGAUCGCCAUGGCCAAGAAGGCGGUGGCCCGGUACGAGCACGAUGCGGAUUUCCGGUUCCUGCAUGAGCGGGUUUCGGAUAUCUUUGCCGAGUUCUUGAAGGCCGAUAUGGAGAAUUUGAAGUCGAAUCAGAGCAACAAGAUCAGCCUCGCGGCAAAGUGGUGCCCUUCGAUCGACUCCUCGUUCGAUCAGGCCACUCUGAUCUGCGAGACCAUCGCGAGGAAGGUGUUCCCGCGCGAAUCGUACAAGGAAUACGACGGCGUUGAAGAAGCCCAUUACGCGUACAAAGUGAGGGACCGCCUGAGGAAGGAAGUGCUGGUGCCGCUGAGGAAGGUUCUUGAGCUGCCAGAGGUGUACAUUGGGGUCAACCAGUGGGGUUCGAUUCCGUACAACAGGGUGGCUUCCGUGGCGAUGAAGAAUUACAAGGAGUUCUUCUUGAAGCACGACGAGGAGAGGUUCAAAAAGUACUUGGAGGACGUGAAGGCGGGCAAGGCGAAGAUUGCUGCCGGAGCUCUGCUGCCCCAUGAGAUUAUCGGGUCUCUGGAGGACGGCGAUGUUGGGCAGGUAGCGGAGCUUCAGUGGAAGAGGAUGGUGGAGGAUAUGUUGAAGUUGGGGAAGAUGAAGAACUGCUUGGCUGUGUGUGACGUGUCAAUGAGCAUGUCAGGGACUCCAAUGGAGGUGUCGGUGGCGUUGGGGCUGCUGGUGUCUGAGCUGAGUGAAGACCCGUGGAAAGGGCUGGUGAUCACUUUCAGUGAGAAUCCUCAGCUGCAUUUGGUGAAAGGGGACGAUCUGAUGACCAAAUGCCAGUUUGUGAGGAGGAUGGAUUGGGGUGGGAACACUGAUUUCCAGAAGGUGUUUGAUUUGCUGCUGAAAGUUGCGGUGAAAGGGAAUUUGAAACCGGAGAAUAUGAUCAAGAGGAUUUUUGUGUUUAGUGACAUGGAGUUUGAUCAGGCUUCGGCCAACUGCUGGGAGACGGAUUAUGAGGUGAUACAAAACAAAUAUAGGAAGAGCGGGUAUGGGGAUGCGAUCCCGCAGCUGGUGUUUUGGAAUCUGAGGUACUCGAUGUCUACACCGGUGCCUGGGAAUCAGCCUGGGGUGGCUCUGCUGAGUGGCUUCUCUAAGAAUCUGCUGAAGCUGUUCAUGGACAAUGAUGGGGACAUUCAACCGGAUGUUUUCAUGGAAUUAGCCAUCUCGGGAGAAGAGUAUCAGAAGCUAGUUGUGCACGAUUGAGUGAUCAAAUGACGACGAGUUGAGUUUUGCAUGUUAAUAAGAACAAGUGAGAACAUAAUGUGAUGCAGUGCAGGUAGCGUCUGUUUUGUUGCAGAGUUUUAUACCUAGGAUAAAAGGUGAAAUGAAAAAUGAAAUCAUAUGUUUUUGGUAAAGUUAUAUAUCGGGUUCUAUGUUCA